AUGGAAAAAUAUAUUGAUGAAAUCAUCCAGGCUCCAACUUGGUCAGCUACUCAGGAAAAAGUCAUAACCGCUCCAUUCCAUUACUUGAAGACAACACCAGGUAAACAUCUACGAACUCAAUUGAUCCAAUUAUUCAACACAAUUUAUAAAUUACCACAAUCUACAAUAGAUCAAAUCUCCACAAUUAUUGAAAUGCUUCAUACCGCCUCUCUAUUGAUUGAUGAUGUUGAAGAUGGAUCCAAUCUAAGAAGAGGUAAUCCAACCGCUCAUCUUAUAUUUGGUGUUGCUUAUACUAUAAAUUCUUCAAAUUAUAUGUAUUUCCAGGCUUUACAACAAUUAUUAGAAUUAGAUCCCCAAUUGGUAACUGUUUUCAAUGAAGAAAUGAUAAAUUUACAUAGAGGCCAAAGUCUUGAUCUUUAUUGGAGAGAGAAUUUAAUAUGCCCAAAAGAAUCUGAAUAUAUUAAUAUGGUAAUGAAUAAAACAGGUGGAUUAUUUAGAUUAGCUGUUAGAUUGAUGGAACAUUUCGCUAAAACGACUGACACAACAAGCUUAAUCCCAUUGGCAAAUUACUUGGGGAUAAUUUAUCAAAUCAGAGAUGAUUACUUGAAUCUCAAGAGUGAAGAUUUAACAUUAAACAAAGGUUUUUGUGAAGAUAUAAGUGAAGGUAAAUUCUCGUUCCCUAUAAUCCAUUCAUUAAAUAACAACAGAGAUGACCAAACAUUGAUGGGGAUCUUAAAACAACGAACACAGGAUAUUCAAAUCAAGAAAUUUGCAUUGAAUUUCCUUGAAGAGACAAAUAGUUUCCAAUAUACCUUAGAAACACUCAAUUUACUCCGGGAGAAAACCCUUUCAUGGGUAGAUCAGUAUGAUGGACAUCAAGACACUACUCAAUACGAGCUAGACAAUAUCAAACAACUCGUUCUCAAACUAACAAGUGUAUAA